AUGGGCGCGGUUCAUCUCUACCUCAUCCGUCAUGGCGAAUCCGUCGAUAACGUCGCGAACCUUUAUGCUGGGUCUCGCGACGCACCUUUGACGAACCAUGGCGUCUUGCAAGCCAAGCGCCUGGGUGAACAUCUCGCGACACGAACUGCUGAGGCUUCGGCCCCCAUCACGCACGUCUUUUCGUCGAAUCUUCAAAGAGCCUACCGUACUGCGAUGCUAGCAUGCCACACGAGCGAUGCCGAUGCCCAGGCAUCGUCCAGUACCGACGUAGGGUCCAUACCCUCAACGGUUGGAGUGGCCCCGCUGCAGUUAGCAGAGCUUCGGGAGAAACACUUUGGAACAGGCGAGGGUCAGAGGUUCGGCGCCCGGUCGUCUGGAGAGAGACAUGAAGGCGCCGAAGACCACGACUCGAUGCGCGUGCGUGCGGAGCGGUUCGUUAACGAGUACCUCGCUCCCCUCUUCGCUUGCGUCGAAGGAGAGCGAGAUGAAGAGCAAGAGGGCGCCAGCAGCGGCACUGAGAGCAUCAUCAUUGUCGCCCAUGGCAUCAUCCUCGGCGUGCUGGCGAGGGUUCUCCUUGCCGCUGGCAAUUUUGGGUCUCUGGCAACCGGCACGUCGGACCAGCAACAGCGCUUUUCGUGGAGCAACACCGGCUAUCUCUUGAUUCACAUCAAGUCGAUGCCGGCAGUCGAUGCGAAAGAGCCUGCUGGUCUGCGAAGCGGUACGCAGGAACCCAAAUGGCCCCAUCUGAAGCUCGAAAUUGUGGAAGUCAACUGCAUCGAACACCUUCGCGGGUUGAAAAAGACUCGCGGAGGGAUCGGCAGCGCAAAGUUUGACGAGAAGCAGAAGACGCUCAGCGCGUUCUUCAAACCGACUGCAUCCAAACGGAAGCAUGAGGACAGUUGAUGGACAGAGUUCGCUGUCCCAUGGGGGUUUACUUACUCGCCCGUCCUAUCGUCGUCGGUCAACAAAUGGUAUGUUUAACAAUUUUCAUUUCGUCACCAACACCUUUGAGGUGCGCUUUUCAUGAUGAGGCAAGAAAUUCACAGACCUGUACCGAAAGUAUACGUGUGGAAACAACUUCAGUCCAACCGCUGUCUGACAUUCAAGCGCUAUUCACCUUCAUUUGUGACUGGAUUAUUUUGAAGAGCCUUGGCUAACAUCAAAAAGCCUUCACAGAGCACCAGGCGCCCGACACAAACCCCCACUUGAAUCAUCAAGAGCCUCUCCAGAGCAAAACACGCUCAGAGGAAACCAAUCUACCUGAACCACGGCACUGAACUUGCGACGCCUUGCGCUCGCUGUUGUCGGUGGCCCUGUGUCUUUUGGAGGCGGGAUUCUGGUCUACCAGUCAGGCGCACCGAAGACACAGGGCCGAAAUAAACACAUGUCAGAAGCAACCUGUCUACAAGCAAAGCGAACAAACGUCAGAUGCCCACUGCCUAUAAUCAAAGCGUAACAU